AUAAUUUGAAACUUAUUUCUGUGCAAGGCUUUGGCUUCGACUCAGCUAACUCCUGCAGCCCAAAUGGCAAGAUAUCAAGACGUGGACGAGCUCAAAUGAUAGCUGCAAUACCUUGCGAUCUAACUAGACAGGCGUACUGUCAUUUACCUGGUACUGCAUAUCCAUGGCAUGCUGUGCGUCGAUUUGUUUACGAAAACCAGGGAUUAAUGAAACGCAUGUAUGGCGAUGUACGGCACAUAUCAAUCUUACGCGAUGAGAUACAAAAUAACGAAAUCGAUAUAGAAGAUGUUGAAAUGGCGGCAGCGCGUUACUCGCGUGAUGGUUUCAGACGUUCAUCAAAAUUUAUGAAUAAUCGAGAUGAUUUCGCAGGAUUGAAAAGUAAUGACAUUUUGAUGGAACCACACUUUAGACCUGUUACUACUACCACAACAACUACCACAACAACUACCACAACAACAACGCUUCGUACUCCUACAAGUGCUGAAUCAACGCCAAUUAAGUCAGGCAAUGACUUCGAAGAGGCUAAAAUAGCAAAACCUGCAUUAACAAGUAACGUACAGAAAGAGUCGACAAGCACUAAAAAUUUUGAGAGUCCAGGCAUUAAAAAUAGCACAGUUCGCCCAAAUGAAAGCACACAAACAACGGCAACAUCAACGAUUUCGAAAAUAAAUUUAAAUGAAGACUCAAAUAAUUUGGAAUCGAAUAGCGUUUAUGAAACACAAUCUGUCACAUCACCACAAACCGAUCUGCAUAUAGGCGACAAUAUACAAAUAAUUGAAUCACCACAAUUGGGUCUAAGUAACAUUAGUAAUGAGGCCUCAACCAUAUCGACAACACUUAAGGUGAUAACAGGCAUGAAAAAUGAUGGCGAAAUAUUAAAUGCAGCUGCAGUAGUACCGCCAGUACCGCCAGUACCGGCAACAGUACAAAAAAAACCACAAUCGACACGUCAACGGCCGACGCAACAACAUAAACAACACCAUCGUCAUCAUCAGCAGCAACAACAUCAAUUUUUCAAAGUCUCAACAACAAUCUUAAAAGAAAGUUCAAAUUUGAAACCCAAACUAAAUGAAAGUGAACGCACGCCAAGCAAUGCAACGCCAACAGCUGCAACAGCAACAAAGACCACCGCGAAUGCGGUGAAAGGCUCCCUAACUGCAGUACAUAAAAUCAAUCCAAACAAAAACAAAAAUCCAAACCAUAGCAAUAACUCACCUACUGAGCCAACAACGUCUGCUUCGUCAUCAACAUCAUCAUCGUCGUCGUCAUCAUCAUCGUCAUCAUCGUCAUCAUCGUUGCCCUCAUCAUCAUCAUCUGCAGCUUUAACAUCAACCGCGUCUUUAUGGUCAUCCGCAACAUUACCAUUAAAAUCGUCCAUUUCAUCAGCAGCAGCAUCGUCGGUCGCAUCAUCGGUCGCAUCAGCGUCUGCAUCGUUGACGAACGGUGAACUACUUUUGGGUGAAAAAAUACAAAAACCGCCAACAGCAUUAACAUCUUCACUACCCGCUACAGCCACUCCAUCCACAAAACCUGUAGUGUUGCGCGAUGGGCAGUUGUUUCAAGACACCAUAAAGCAGGAACCAGCGCCAGUUGUCAAUUUAAGAGGCGUAAACGCUUGUCCUGUAAAGGAGGAAGUGGUGGCACCGUUUUGGGCAAAUAAUACACGCGGUGAAGUCUUGGCAUUACUGAAUUUAUAUCCAUUCGAACAGUACGUACACUGGGAAAAAUGCACACAUGAACAUAAGCAAAUGUAUUGUCGAGAUGGCUGUCGUUGCGAGCAACAGUAUCGUCUGCACCGCUUACUUGCCUACGAUCCACAUAACGAAUGCAGAGGCAUCUUCUCCGAUUGGUUUCGUUUCCCAUCGUGCUGCAUUUGUAAAUGCUAUAAUAUACCUAUGGAUUUUCGUGCCACUUCACGUAGUCCACGAUCGGAAAAAUUCGAAGAAUAUCGACAUCCAAUAGAAGUUGCCGAAGAUGAAGUGAAGAAAGCAAUAUACGAACACGCAACCGAAGAAUGGUACCGACCAAAAGAUGAAUUCGAUUUUUUCGAAAAUUAAUAACUUAAAACCUAAAUGUUAUACAUAUUCAUUCAAUCUUAUAAUUUCUUUCU